GUGACAUGGCGAGGCGUUUAUCUUUGGUCUUGAUCCUGACCUUCUCUUUGCUGGCCUGUGUCACAAGUCCCUCAGCUGCGUUCCCUCAGACUACUGAGAAGAUUGUUCCAAGUUGGGAAUCGGGCAUCAGUGUUGACUUGGCACUGACUACCCAGCGGCACCAUCUCCAACAGCUCUUCCACCGCUAUGGCGAAAACAACUCCUUGUCAGUCGAAGGAUUCAAGAAGCUGCUGCAGAACAUAGGCAUUGAUAAGAUGAAGAGAAUCCAUGUAAACCACGACCAUCACCACUCUGACCACGACCAUCACUCUCACCACAGCCGAGCCGCUUCUGGUAAAAAUAACCAGAAAGGUCCGUGCCCUGAGCAUGAGUCUGACGGUUCAGGCAGAGAUGCUAGAAACAGCCAGGGGAAAGGACCCCGCCGACCAGAAAAUCCCAGUGUUAGAAGAAACGUUUUAACCAAGGAUGGCAUUGGUGCUAGUGAAGUGACCUCAACUGUGUAUGACACCUUCUCUGAAGGAACUCACUUUCUGGAGACCAUAGAGACUCCAAAGCCUGGGAAAGCCCUCCUUUUUAAAGAGGGCAGUGGUUCCACCCCACCCAGCAUCACAGAGAAGAGCCACGUGAGCCGGCAUGCUAGUAGCAGAACCAAUGAAUCCAUGAGCGAGCUCAGGAAAGGCUUUAUGCAUUCCAAAAGCACAACCGGAAAUCCUCAGGAGUGUUUCAACGCGUCAAAGCUGCUCGCGUCUCAUGGCAUGGGCAUCCAGGUUCUGCUGAACACAACUGAAUUCUACUAUCUCUGCCCAGCCAUCAUCAAUCAAAUUGAUGCUCGAUCUUGUCUGAUUCACACCAGCAGUGAGAAGAAAGCCGAAAUCCCUCCAAAGGCCUAUUCUUUGCAAAUUGCCUGGGUUGGUGGCUUUAUAGCUAUCUCCAUCAUCAGUUUCCUGUCCUUGCUUGGUGUCAUCUUGGUGCCUCUGAUGAACCGGGUGUUUUUCAAAUUUCUCCUGAGUUUCCUGGUGGCGUUGGCCGUUGGGACGUUGAGUGGUGAUGCCUUUCUACACCUUCUGCCACACUCUCAUGCCAGUCACCACCACAGUCACAGCCAUGAGGAAUCACCAGUGGAAAUGAAGAGAGGACCAUUGUUCAGUCAUCUGUCUUCUCAAAGCAUAGAAGAAAAUGCCUACUUUGAUUCCACAUGGAAGGGUCUGACAGCCCUAGGAGGCUUGUAUUUCAUGUUUCUUGUUGAACACGUACUCACAUUGAUCAAGCAAUUUAAAGAUAAGAAGAAAAAGAAUCAGAAAAAACCUGAAAGUGAUGAUGACAUGGAGAUUAAGAAGCAGUUGUCCAAGUAUGAAUCUCAACUUUCAGCAAAUGAGGAGAAAGUAGACACAGAUGAUCGACCUGAAGGCUAUCUGCAAGCAGACACUCAAGAGUCCUCACACUUUGAUUCUCAGCAGCAAGCAGUCUUGGAAGAGGAAGAGGUCAUGAUAGCUCAUGCUCAUCCUCAAGAAGCCUACAAUGAAUAUGUACCCAGAGGGUGCAAGAAUAAGUGCCAUUCACAUUUUCACGACACACUCGGCCAAUCAGACGACCUCAUUCACCACCAUCAUGACUACCAUCAUAUUCUCCAUCAUCACCACCACCAAAACCACCACCCUCAUAGUCACAGUCAGCGUUACUCUCGGGAGGAGCUGAAAGAUGCCGGCAUCGCCACACUGGCCUGGAUGGUGAUAAUGGGUGACGGCCUACAUAAUUUCAGCGAUGGCCUAGCAAUUGGUGCUGCUUUUACUGAAGGCUUGUCGAGUGGGUUGAGCACUUCUGUUGCUGUGUUUUGUCAUGAGUUGCCUCACGAACUAGGUGACUUUGCUGUUUUACUCAAGGCUGGCAUGACUGUUAAGCAGGCUGUGCUUUAUAAUGCUUUGUCUGCCAUGCUGGCUUAUCUUGGAAUGGCAACAGGAAUUUUCAUUGGUCAUUAUGCUGAAAAUGUUUCCAUGUGGAUAUUUGCACUUACUGCUGGCUUAUUCAUGUAUGUUGCUCUUGUGGAUAUGGUACCUGAGAUGCUGCAUAAUGAUGCAAGCGACCAUGGAUGUAGCCGAUGGGGAUAUUUCUUUUUACAGAAUGCUGGGAUAUUGUUAGGUUUUGGGAUUAUGUUGCUUAUUUCUGUAUUUGAGCAUAAAAUUGUGUUUCGUAUCAACUUCUAAUUACAGUAUAAAUGGUAGAGUAGCUUUAAAAAGCAUUGCCAUUUAUAGUUUAAAUAGGUCAUAGGGAGGUGGCAGUUUGUAUGCUGUAAUAUGCAGCACUUAAGGUUAGUGUGUUUUUGUCGAUUUUGUGUUGAAUAGUGUCAUAUGAUAUACUUAUAAGGUCAAUUGUGGUGGUAACAAAGGUACGUUUUACUAUUUAAGUUAUUUGGGGAAUAUUAAGCUAUAUGUGCAAUUCACCAAUAUUACCAGUUUACUGUAUAAACGAGAUUUGGCAUGGUAUGUCUUGUAUAUUUCAGGGGAAAAUGUCAUUAAUGGUUUUUUUCCCCUUGAACUAAUUUAACACAGUAAUUCCCAUGCUGGAUUUUAAACCCCUGAAGAACUACUGGUGUUUAAGAGUAAGACUGUGCCCAAAGCCUAAGAUACCGAAGAAAUUUCUACUGAAUUUAAGCUAGAAAAUAAGGAGAAAAGGGGAAGAACCAUUCUGACAGAAUUGAAGAAGCAUAGAUUUCUUUAUAAAAUUGCAAAACUGGCUAUAUGAUAAAAGGAGGAAAACAUUUGUAUUUAAAUGGAUAAAGGCAAAAUUAAUCCAAUAUCAAGUGCAUUCACAUUUUUGUCAGGGUUACUGCCCCUCUAGAAACACAGUGACCCCUUUUAUACGUGAGUUGUUCGUGUAACUGCAUAAGAGAGAAGACUACAUUUAUUGGGUGAAGUGCAGCAAUAAAACUAAUUGGCUAAGAAGUUGAAAUUUUAGAAUAUUUUUGUGGAAAUAUACCAGAGAAGUGCAGUAAGAAUAAAUCCUUGUAUCGCUAGACGCCUUGGGCAAUAUGAUUAUUUGGUGGUCUGGCUUAUCAAUGCCAGAGCAUAUGACUUUUGGACUAUUCAAGGAGAUGAAAAGCAAUAGUGAGUAUAAUUUGAUUACUUAGAUUCAAGAAGUACUCGGGUAUCUUUCAGAGCUUCAGUGUUGUCAGUUCAUGGUACUGCAGACAGACUGGGGCUAUCUGUGGUCUCUGGAUGUUGCUUUUCUGAUAAAUAAACCCCCCGUGUCAAGAUUGA